GGAGAAUCUGUUGAUUCAGAAGAUGCGGCAGAAGGUGAGAUCUGAAAAUAUGACUUCUCUCUGUUCAAUUAAGCUGUUUGAUGUAAUAAUAGAAGUUUCAAAUAAGGUCACCUCCAAUAUGCAUUGUAGCGGGAAAUAUCAUUAUUACUAGACGGGAAUUUUCGAUGUAACUCUUGUAAUCAAAGACGCGAUACACUUAAGUGUGCAAGCAAGCUCUCCAUUUCAGGGGUAUGGUGAGAAGUUACAUGCGACGGCACUCGAACGGAGACGCGAGAGUUAAGGGCUUUGUAGCCUUCGAACGCAGACGUAUUUCCGAUCGUCGCUCCUCUCCACCCGAAAAGCAAGAGAAGCGACGCCUUGAAAUACAUCUGCGUUCGCCGCGGCUAGGGGCUCUCCCGGGGGCUUUUCCGCUUGCUUGCGUGUUCUCGCAAAAUUGGAGAGCUUACACUUACGUUUGAUGCUUUGCAGCAUCGUUUCCCUUUCUUACAAUCAUUAUCGUGUUUUUGUCGUUCGAUCGCAGCAAUAAAUCAGGUGAAUAAAUGAUGAGGAUAAAAUAUGGGAAGUCACUGCCGCGAGAGUGACCCAAAGAUAUUGGAUACACUUCCUUCAAUAACCAUAAAAUCUGAUAGAUUUUUGUCUUGAAAUUCUCCUUUUGAAGAGCUGUAUCAAACACUCGAGAAUGUCUAUUGUCAGAUUUCUAAUCACACUGAACCAAGCCGGUUUAAAAACAACUCGCUUGCGUCCUUGUUUUUGCUGUAUGAAACGCCCUUUCUUGUCGUUAACAGAAAAUUGUUACCUCCAUCUUGUUGUCUUCUUUUACAGGGAGUGUUGAAGGGCAAGAGAGUCUUGAGGAUGUCUUAGUUGAGGUGUGAUAUAUUUACAGUGUAUGACUUUGAAAUAACGUAGUAAUUUAUCGUAGUUGAUGCACUAGUUAUAGAGAUACGUUCUCACGAUGUAGUCAUCGCCAUAUUUCGACUUCUUACUGUUUAUGUUCAUCGGGCGAGUCGUCGCCCAUCCACGACUGACUUCACUCAUUUCAUGAAGAAAUGAUAGCAGAAGAAGGCGUUGAGUGGGGUGCACGUCAUUUAAUUUAUACAUCGAGUUCUUAUUAGUCUUUUCUGGUCACGUGAAGUAAACCAUACAUGAAGCAAAGGCAUUUUUGAGCGACACACGUCAAACGAAAGGGGACUUUUUGCAUUCUUGGGUAGUGGUUUUGCUCAACAAUAAUCGUCUCUUUCAGAUUAUGGACACUUGGCAGAACAAAUUUUCUGGUAGCGUUAAGACAUAUUAAAAGGGAAAACGCCUCAUUACCGUUUCACGUACGUUACGUUGCUCAGAAACGCUUUCGCUAAUCCUAUUCUCGCUUUAUAAGCGCGCGCUUUGUCAAUGAUCAGUUUCUUGCGGACUUCCUCCCCAAAUUUAGGAUCUUAAGUAGUUCUCUUCAUCAUCGCCCGAUCAACGUUUGCAAGUUUAGUUUUUAUUCUUUAGGGACAAAACUCAGAGAACAAUUUUACUUCAACUGCUCCUGUGGCAGAGAAAUCAGCAAAGGAAGAGCAGUUAUGGUGAAUGUGACUGAACCAGUAAAGGAUUUCCACAAGCGAGUUCCUGAUAUGGCUCAUAAGGUGAGAGCUCUGUACAGUUUUCUGUUUUUGUGUCUCUUUUCCUCUUUAAUUAUUUUUUAUUUAGUUAUAAUGAAACUUAAACGUAAAGAAGAUCAUCUCAGCUUUAGACGCAACUUUAGCAGCAGCGAAAAGAAAGCUUCAAAUAAUUCAGGCUUGUAUGGACUUUGAACCAACGACUGGCUCUCACGGAACAAUUGCUUAAUCAAGGCCGACCGGAUUUAUGAUCAGAUAGUUUCAUUAUUACAGUGCACGAUUAAGACUAAUGAUAACGAAAAGGAGUUGUGCAUGGUGAACAUAAACGUUCAUAAUCUACUAUGCUGUACUUGCUUGCAUUAAUUCCAUUUAUUUUUUUUAUAACGAGGACUAAUGAUAUGAACAGGAGAAUGGAAAACAUCCUUUUGUUCUUCCUUACAUAAAGUUUGACCGUUCACUAAUGUCCAUUCAAUUAUUUCCGUUCUUGAAACCUCUCCUUUGGCUUGUAGUUUGGCUUGUAGUGGAAGUUCGAGUUGGACACGUUUCAAAAACAGGCUGUUCUGUGUUUGGAGAACAAUGAGAGCGUGUUUGUUGCUGCUCACACUUCAGCUGGGAAGACUGUUGUAGCAGAAUACGCCAUCGCACUGGCCAGUAAACACAUGACUAAGUACGCUUAUAUGACUGACAACUUUCGUUUUACUGAAAUAUAUGGCAAUGGUUGAAAGUUAAGGUAGAAUUCAGUCCCCUGUCAGAUCUUUCCUAGAGUAUCUUUUCUAAGCUUUAACUUAACAGCACAUUAUAGUAACCAUAAAGGCGUUUGUCCCUUUAUUCACAGCAUUUGCACAUUGAGAACUGGCCAAUUUAUCUUGUUUCAGUUGAACCUCCGAACUGCUCAGGUUAUAUACCUGGAUAGCACACAGAAACGUAUUGAAAAUGGCCUGUUCUUUGCGAAAAUGUUUAGUGAGGGUAAAAAAGGAAAAAAGAAUGCUUUUUACCCACAGCCUUCGAAUCCAUCACGGCGCCUCUUCAAAAUUAGGGCGCGUAAUCUUUGGCGAUUACUUACAAGUACAAUUUCACUUCUAUUUACACAGUUCUUAGAAUCUACCUGUUACUCUUUCAGAAACCCGGUUAUAUCUACUGCCGUAGUGUCAUCGUAAGCCGAUUUAUUCGGUACAUAACUAAUAAUGUGACAGUUCGGAAUAUUUUCUCUCUCAGGACUGUGUAUACUUCUCCGAUCAAAGCUUUGUCCAAUCAGAAAUUUCGAGAGUUCAAGGAUACUUUUGAAGAUGUUGGUUUGUUGACCGGUGACGUGCAAAUCAGACCCGAGGCGUCCUGUCUUAUUAUGACCACAGAAAUUCUGCGGUGAGUGUUUUGCGCGUGCGCGCACUUCUCGCAGUUCUUGUUUAUUUUCUAGUCUAGAUAUCAAAGGGGAACUUUUGACCGACAUUUUUAUAAAAAGCUAAGGGUGUUUUUUAAAUAGCAUUCCAGUUGAAGUGAAGAGAAGUUAAGCAACGCAAUGAGCAAAUCAGAAUUCUAAUCAUAUCAUUCUUAAUGGAUAAACACGGCCAUAAGCAAGUACUUGGUGCUAAUCAAGAACGGAAUAAGUUUCGUCUUAUUCCUGUCGCAUUUUGAGCUAAGGUAAACUCGCUGGGUUAAUUUGUUUGUUUGUUUGUUUAUCUGUUUUUUUUUUCUCCCGCAAGCAUAACAGUGACACUUUCAAACGAAAGCGAGAGGGGACUGAAAAGCUCAAGUAACUCUUGUUGCAUUUGUGUCACUUUCUCCUUGCUCGUGUAAUUUAUCUGAAAGUUUAACGUAAAAUAUUCACAUGAGCAAACUGAAGCAGUAUUUGGUGACUUUCUCUCCAGGUCUAUGCUGUACAAUGGUUCAGAUACAAUACGUGACGUUGAGUGGGUGAUUUUUGAUGAAGUUCAUUAUGUCAAUGAUGAAGAGGUAAUUAUGUCGUUUAUUUAUUACGUGUUUAUAUGCACCAGACUUUCGUCGAGCUCAAAGGCGUGCCUUUGCUUGUAAGAGUUAGAUUUUGUACCCGGCAAUAUAAGAAAAGCCAUCACAGAGCCACCCUUUAGAUGACUGUGGCCACUAAACGACUAUCUUAUAAGUGUGAUAGCAUACCACCGCCGCCGAGAAUAGGGUUUGCAUGCCACCCAUUCCUCAGAAAUUAUAUUUUUCGUUAACAGACUAUUUCUUCUUUGACAGAGGGGUGUUGUUUGGGAAGAGGUGUUGAUCAUGUUGCCGGCGCAAGUCAAAAUCAUCUUACUAUCUGCCACGGUACCUAACACUUUGGAGUUUGCAGACUGGAUCGGGUGAGCGAGUUAAGGCCGUAAAUUCCAUUCUUUACAAACACUAAAACAACUAGUUUAAUCAACUCAUCCUGUGAACACUUGCUAUGGAUUUCUCGAACGAGGGUUCAGGGUAAACCAUAUUUCAAACAUAGUGUUCUCGUCUAGCAAACAAACCUGGACUUAAGAUGUUACCCCUUUGUUUGCCCCAAUAUCCCAUGGAGCAUAGGGAUUUGAAUCGACAACCUGGUUUGUUUUGGCAGCCUUGACUUACAAACGGCGACAAUAUUGUUGAGGCACCAAGAGCCAUAAUAGGACAGAGAGGGAGUCUAAGGGCGUUGGCCGGGAUAUCUUAAUUUCAAAAAAGUUAUUUUUAGAACUAUGCGGACCACGCGGAAACAGUUUCCGGUAAACUGGUUGACUUCCGGAAGACUCGCUUUCACGAUUCAGCGCGCCAAGGCGAGGCAGCGUCAACAAAAAAAAAAAUGGCGGCACAAGUGGAGGGACGAUGUGGAGUUGAUAAAUUGGAAAAGAACCUACCAUAGAAACUGCUUUAAACUUCUACACAAAAGGGUCCUUUACAAGCAACGGUAGAAAUCGGUUAAAGCGACCGCGUGACCAUCGUUUUUGUUUGAACAGCUGGAAAGAGGACUGUGCUAGAAAUUUUUUAUGCCUUCCAACGAUGAAUACCCGUAGCGAAAUCUCAUCACGCUUCACUAACAACAUAUGUUUAGUUACUCAAAUGGCGUGAUGUUGUUUUCCACCAAUCGGAAAAAGGAAUUACCAUUCAGUACAGAUGGUUUUCACAGUGACGUCAUCAAAUUGUACAGUCGAAAUAGCGAGGUUUUACGAAUUCUUAUUUGGGAAACAAAAAGUAAAUCUUUGUACAAGCUUCCAUUCCCGUAGCAUGUUUCAUUUCGAAAAUACAGCAAUUUGAACUUCCGAGUUUUCACACGUUGCAUGACACCAAAAUAGCAAUGCUCUUUCGUUGGGAAAAAAAACCUCUCCUCUUGAUUUUCAGCGGUAUAACCAUUUUAAGUAUUAGAAGAUAUGCUUAUGGGCACGUAUGCUAGCUCUCGAGUGAAAAGAAAGAGCUUUUAUCGAAAAAGUGAAAUCGAGAUGUUUUUGUUGAUUUCCGACGGCCAUAUUGGUGGAGCACCAAUAUGGCGUCUGCGAUAUAAAGUCCCGUGCCUGGUCGGGAUUUUAAUUAAGGUUAAUUAUAGAUUGCGAGCAGUCCCUCAGGAUGGAGAGCGACUAGCUAACGAAAAAACAUUGGUCAACCGAGGGGAAACUGGGUUGGUGUAUUUGUGCCCCUUGCUUGAUGGGUGGGCCGAUAAUAUCUUCUGACAAUCGUGUAGUCAAAACCUCAACCUCAUUUAAAAGAUUCAUCCACCAGUCAACAACGACAGCAAUCGUUAUUACUAAAUGCAUAAUUAGCGCAAGACAUAUGUAGUCGUCCUUCACAAAUUAGCAUGGUAGCUUUUUGAGGCGGAGACAGGAUAGAAAUUCAGUAAGUUCUUUAGUGGCUCCAGAUAAUUUCCACGAGAAAAGUAAGGAGAUUUCCAAGCUUAUUUACGUACGAUCUAUUUACAAACUGUGAAAGAAGAUUUUAAAAAUAUUGCAAGAACACGCAAUUUUCACAACCUUAAUCAAUAUCUAUUAAGGAUGCUUCAUAUACUGAACAACUCGUUAGUGGAUAUCUUCUUAUGAUGUGCAAUAGUAACUUGAUUUUUUUAAAAAAACAAUAUAUACAAUACACCAGCAAACUCUUUAUAUAGUUUUUCUUAAUACGAUCAGACAGAAGACUGUGCACAGAGUAAUUCAUUUAUGACACUUGUCAAUCAUGAGAAAUUAUCUGAUUGUUAGAAUCUUAUGUGUAACGAGGGAAAAGUGUCGAAUUGGGGUGAAGGGAAAAAGGGAGAGGGAUUGGGGAGUGUAAGCUAUCUUCUCUUUUCCCUUUUGCGCUUUCCCCCAUCCCCUCCCCCCUCCUCUUUCCCCCUCCUCUCCCCCUUCCCCUCCCUUUGCGCCUGUGACUAGAUAUUUAAAAGGCCAAUACUUCUUAUUACUGUAGUGUGGCACUUUCAUGCUAUUAAGAUUUGUUUUACUUGUGACUGCGCAGGUCAAGACAGGAUAAUAAGGUCUGGGGCUUUCCACAAGUUGCAACAUACAAUCCAUCAUUCUAAGAAAUUGCAAUUUUCCAGCUUAUUUAAACAUGAUCACAUAAAAUUUCAAGUUAUCUAGACUUAACUAGAAAUUCAGCCAAUAGGAAAGACUUAGUGAAAAUUCGUAUAAGUAACCACAAACUCAUGAUUGAAACUGGAAGAUAUAAUCAAACUUCCCGCAACGAGAGAUUCUGGCUUAUUUGUAACUCUGGUAUAAUUGAAGACGAAUUUUUAUUUCUCUUCAAUUGUCCAAAAUAUUCAAUCCCAAGGGAGAAAUUCUACCAUCAAAUCCAACAAAAUUUUGUCGACUUUAAUCAGCUAUCUUACACAGAAUUAAUAAUUAAAUUGAUGAAUUCACAGAAUUUUUCCGUAAAUUCACAUUUGUUGAAAUUUGUCUCAUUAUGUAAUGAUUUGCGUACUAAUUUGUUAUCAAAUCAUGCUGAUGACACUUGAUUGACUGUGGUAAUCAUUGUAUUGCAUUAUCAUUGUUAUAAAUUGUAACUUUAUGUUAAAGCUAUUGCAAUACUGUAACUACAUAAUUAUAGUCAUGCAAAUAAAGCUUAUGUUGUUGUUGUUGUUGCUCGGCAACUUUUUGGCAACUUCUGGUAUUUCGAGCAACUUUUUGCAUUCUGAGCAAUUUCUCUAGUUAUCUUCUAAUUCUGAGAUAUCGAAACAGCUUUUAGUACAUAAAUUGACCUUUUUUUCAUAUUUCACAAUGUCUUAGUAGACAAUUUAUGAAUUUCCUGUAAAAAAAAGGGAGCCCAGUCCUCCCCCCUGGGGCAGAUCAUGGGCAGCGGUUUUAAGAGAAAAUUCAAAAUGGUGGACGAAGAUUCACACUCGACUGAGUAACAAAGGUCAUUCAACAAUUUUCUUAGCUCAUUACAUUUUUUUGGUUUUAAUUGAGGACAACGUUAUUUAGCAACGCUGGUUACGCUGCAAAAUUGCACAAAAAUGCUUACUUUUGUUGUACAAUCAGACCAAAAAAGGUUUUGUUUCUACGAACAACGUUUGAGCAACUUCCGUUACAAAAAGCAACUUUUGAUAGUUUUUUUGAGCAACUUUUGGGAGACUUUUUGAGAAAUCACGGGAAACUUUUUGGAAAAUCUCGAGCAACUUGUGGAAAGUCCUAAUAAGGUCAGAGAUUUAAAAUAACCAACGACAAUUUGACUCUAUUUUGUCAAAUAUAAAUAAUCAGAAUCUUAUGCUAGUACUUAUGUAUAUUUGACGAAUUGUCAAAUUGUCAAAUUGUCGGAAACGCAACUGUACAUGUAAUGCAACACGACACGUAGGUUAACGAUGAAUUCUGAGCCCAUACAACACUACACAGAAUCAAACAGUUCAGUCUGAGGGUAGAAUCCUGAGUCAAGGUUUUGCUUCACUUGUUACAGCUCUUCUCUACUGUAAAAAAUUUCCGUGAAAUCCAACAUGGCUACGAUUAAAAGGUUAAUUUAUUGUAAAAUCGAGACGAGCGAUUCCUUCUAUGAGAAAUAGUAGGGUAAGUACACGCAGUUCAAAUUUAAGUGUUACCCUGAGAUUGUUGCAAAAAUUGAUCAUGGGCAUUCCGGAUCUCAAAAAGCGCUCUAUUUAGCACACGUAUAUAAUGUUCCUCGAGAUCGCUUGUCAGCGGACUUUCAAAGGCUUGCAGGAUCAAGCCAAGGAUCCUAAAUAAGUUGUUUGUUGAUUGAGUAGGAUUUCUGAGCUUUUUCCUAGCAUGAGUAUUGCCCCCAGUUGUCUCUUUCUUAGUACUCUCUACUUCUCUAUACUGAUUAUCUACGGGGCGUUUUACACCACGCGGGGUCGCUCCUGUUGAAUUCUCAGUGCCACCGUUUUUGACAGUACCUGUAUCGUUGCCUAAAAAGGCUUGUUCAAUCCCCACCUGCUCGUUUGUGAGCAGCACAGAGUCAUACGAUUCCAUCUUGGUUCCCAGACUGAGCGUUCUCUGAAACUGCAUGACGGGAUGAUUUUGCACUUUUGUUUGAUGAGAGGGUGUGUUGUGAAUACUUGGGGCAUCUUGUAGAGUUCUUAGCUCCACUUCACCAGUAAAUUGUGAGCGAGAAAACAGCUGGCCAUCACCUCCAUCAAGGAUACUGAGCAAAUCAUUCUCUGAUAAGUUGAAAGAGAUGGGGUUGUUUUCAUCGCCGAGAAUGUUUAAGACGUCUGUUAGAUCCUGAUCCCAUAAACUAGCCGCACUUUGCGCUGAUGUAGUUAACUCCAUCUCUGUGUUUUGAGCCAUGCAUCUGGUGAUUUAAAUGAAUAUACAAACACGUUAACUGGAAGAUUCCCAUUCUGCGUGCUGGGCAGGCGCCAGUUUUUUUUAGGGCGAAGGAAAAAUCUUGAGGGCGCGCGGCCUGUAAUAAGAUGAUUAUCGGCACCUGCUACGUUGGCAGAAGUUCCCGAACACGGAAAAAUAGAUGAUUGUCUUUAUCGUGAUUUAUUAUCCCUCUUAGCUGAGGCUCGUGACUCACAACACUUAGACAAUGUUAUGACUUCACUUUAUCAUCGAUAAGUCAAUUUGUUGAUUGUUGUUUGGCAUUUUAAAGAUAAUCCGUUGUCAAUGCCCCGCUUAAAAAACCACAGACAUUUUUGGCCUCGAUCUCAACUGUAGAUUGCGAAACUUCGGCAGUCGCAGUCUACUAACACAUGUACUAACAGCCAGUACCAAAGUUCACCCGAGCAUCGCUGGUUGUGUAGAAUAAAUUAUAAGGGUUUGUGUGGAAAGUUUAGUGCGUCCUUAUGGUCCCUAUGUUUUACUUAUUGCACGUUUUUGGUGUUUUUCACAGUUUCAGAGCGAUUCCAGCGAGUUUUAAUUGGCUGUGCCCUUCUUUGGCACCGACUUACUUGUGAGCCUGCGUUACCUGUGCAAAUAGUAGCGUGUCUUGACGCAUUGUGAUACAGCUAUGCGGAAAGUUAAAUAUCCCCCGCGAAAAUGGUUUUCUGCUAUAAAUUAAUUAUUGAAUCAGAAUUUUCGGAUGCAGAGAGGACAGGUAUACCAACAUAAUUGUUUUUCGACUAAAAGCAAUAGUAAUAAGAUUCGUGAAUCCCUUCGUGGCAAAAAGACCUGCAUGUCGUCGUAUAAGUUUGAUGAAUGCAUGAUACCUUCAAACCUUUUCCUGAAAUACCUAGCCUCACCUUGAUUUAGGCCCAUUUCCAUGUAUCUUUGUCUUUCUAGAUCGUAGCCGGGGAAUCCCGCAGGAACCGUGGUGGCAUGUUCUUUCUAUUUGUCGCGGAGAAGAUACUCCCUAUAAAAUCAAACUAUUUUGAGACUAGCCAUACAGUAUGAAGAACGCAAUUAGAAUAUGUUUUAAAUGUUAAUUCCAUCACCUGUCAUAGGAAGUAGUGCACUUGACCCUGGGCUAUGGAAAGAUUCAUUCUAACUUCAUUUUACUUCUAGUUACAACCAAACUAAAACCGACAUCAGAUCAACAAAAAACCCAUGAGGGGAUUUAUUACCCUUUAAAUGGACCUUUAAUCAGUUUGUUCCCAAUAUAAUUUUGAUGCCGAGGAGACUGAAUACUGUCAAUUAAUGGCUUUAAAAACUUUGAGCUGAUAUCAGAAAAUUUGACAAGUAAAAAGCUGCAAAGGCAGUUUAAGUUAUUACAAACUUACCUACAAUAGCUUUAUGACGUCUUCUUUCUUCGAUAGUGUGCACGAGCUCAAAACAAAAUUUCCCGUAAAUGAAGAAACUCCAGUUUUUAUGUACAAGUUUAUUUUUCUAGCAUUUUCGCUCGACAAAGAAAUUUUUUAGUUUGUUACUUAACAUGUUUAUAAAUUAACCUUCAGAUCUUUUCUUGCCCAAUCAAUCAAGAGAGGAUAAAGCUCUCUCUUGGAUAUGCUCGAUUACCAGCCAUUGUUCGGGAAUUGAGCCUUGCCCCUCCCCCAGCUGAGGCAGGACUGAGACAGCAACGGAAGUCGAACCUAUCUUUUGGACAACGUAAUAGUUUAAUCCAGACGACGAUCGAAUAGUAUCCCAUGAUGCACCUCGAUUCAUGUUAUAUUAUCACUGCGUACGUGACAUAUCAUUAUCAGUAAUCUUCAGCACGCGUGAAGUGAACAUCGAUCGCAGUGCUCGAUGUGGAUGGUUUCCAAACAUGUUUCGGUUCAGCAGCUUCUACUUAUGAGAUUAUCGUGUUGGCUUAUAUUCACUGUCCUUUGAAGGAGAAUUUCAGCGUUACUUUGAUCAAGAAGGGUUUUACAUGUAUUUCACUGAUCUGUCGAGAACUCCUUUGUGCGCUCGGUCGCACUGUAAACACAAAGUAUAAGACUCGGCAAUUGAUUAGCUUCGCUAGGUUCACUAGCAGAACCGUACCCAGGCCAGAGGAGAACCAAAACUAUGACUGAUCUAUAAGGUGGUUCCAACAAAACAGCCGCUACGCUGUGAAGCUAAGGAGCUGACGUUUACAACGGCAGUUACAAAUAAAAUUUAACCUAUCGAUGCGACAAACAAUUCUCUGAAGCACAAUCUAACCGGUGCUGACUCAAGCAAUCAUCAAGGAAAUCUCCUGGCCAGAAUACUGAUCUGUUCUUUUGAAUAAAUAAAGUUUCUGAUGUUUCUUUUUCAAAUUCUGAGCAGGCCUGUUUACGUUGUGCCCGCUUGCAUGCUGCGUGGUACCUUUCUUUAGGUUGUUUUCACACUGAAACACACCAUUAUGCCCCGCUUCUUCUUCGAAUUAAAAUAAUUAUAGACAAAUUCCUUUUAAAAAUAACCUCUUUGAAAAUACAAAGUGAUUGCUUCGGCAUAAAUAUUAAAGCGCUCUCGAAAGCGCCCAACAGAUUGUAGCCUUCAGUAGGCUUUACACAUCUAUUAUGGGGCGUCUGGAAAAGCCGGAAACCGGAAUCCGGAAUAGGAACCGGAAUGGGAACAGGAACCGGAACCGGAACCGGAAACGGCAACUGAACAGGAACAGUUAGAAAAGACCUACAUGUCGUCGUAUAUAAGUUUGAUGAAUGCAUGAUACCUUCAAACCUUUUCCUGAAAUACCUAGCCUCACCUUGAUUUAGGCCCAUUUCCAUGUAUCUUUGUCUUUCUAGUUUUGUUGUUUAGAAACUCGUAAUAUUGUGAGACGUGACCUUAGAGUUUGCUUGAACAACAGGGGUUUUCCUUCCUUUCUUUGUCGCGCGUUGGUCACUAUGACACACAUGGAGCGUUUUAAAAUUGUGUUUUUCCGCCGCACAGAGACUUACAUUUAGCGGUCAUGAAAAUGGUCUAUGCAAAAAACGGCAGGCUGCAAGCAGUCUAGAAAGACUCUCUUAAUUGUUUGAAAUAACCAUGACUUAUAAACCCGUGAUAAUGCGAAACGUGACCUUAGAGUUUGCUUGAACAACAGGGGUUUCCUUUGUCGCGCGUCGGUCACUAUGCCGCACGUGGAGCGUUCUAAACUUUUACUGAGCAGAUCUUGCUUUUUCCGCACUUAGUCAAGAAGAUGGUCCAUGUAUAUUGGGUAAUUAUUUUGUAAACAUAAAGAUUUUAGCUUCUUCUGUUUUCACUCAAGAUCAUUUUUUAGGCGCUGAUGCAGUCCAUUAAGUUUUUCUUGGAAUAAGUGAGUUUUUGAACUGGAGCGCUAUUUUUUAUCUGUAGUUAUUAAAGUAUAAUGCCUGCCAGGAUCAUUGCAGUCACAAGCCGAAAAAUGGUCAAAGCUAAGAAAAAGGGUUUGCUUAAUAUUAGGUUUCAAAAGCUUCAACAUUUUUAAACCGUUAUGGAGUUUUCAUAUGAGUGAAAAGCUUUUAGACACAUAAACGUAUAAAGUUCACGGUACCUCCGGUUGAUUUUUUGCUCUUCAAGGGCUACUGCUAGAACAAAGCCUUCUGGAGCAUCUAAAGGUCGAUAGUUGUUAAAAUGAUAACACUAGGUUAAUAGAUACAUGACUUGCACUUAAAUGAGUUUCAAUGCUAAGGAAAACUAUUACUUGUUCAUUCCCCUGCCGUUUAAAGCAAAACGGGAUAAAAUCCAUCCGUAUCCUAAAUGCACAGAAAGAGAUAUAAAACUCGACAGCAAGGAUAAAUAGAAUAGAAUAGAGACAUUAGCGGAAUAAAGACUUCGCCCUCAAUUCAUGCCAUUAUCAACAAUAACCCUUUAUGAUCCAGUGUUACGGCAAACAACGAUAUUUUCUAAAUAGGGCAUGCUCCAGAUGUCAGUAAGAGAAGUAUAAUAUCAAGGACCCAUUCCCAAAACCUACUCACUUAAGAUGAGUAUUAGAUAAGGUUGCAGGUGAAUUAUUAAUGUCAUGAAUUUCUAACUCACAGAAACACGGGCGACACACCUAGUGUUCUGUUGCAUUUCACAAUUUGCACUUAGGAGUCGCAGAACAUCAUGGCAGUAUCAAAGACCUCACUUAAGAUGACUAUUAGAUAAGAUUGCGGGUGAAUUAAUAAUGCCAUGAAUCAGUUCUAACUCACAGAAACACGGGCGACACACCUUGUUCUGUUGCAUUUCACAAUUUGCACUAAGGUGAACAUCAAUUAUCAAAAACCUGAUGACCAUGAAUUUAAUGCCAUGAAUUUCUUACUCACAGAAACACGGGCGACACACCUAGUGUUCUGUUGCAUUUCACAAUUUGCACUAAGGAGUCGCAGAACAUCAUGGCAGUAUCAAAGACCCACUCUUGAAUACAUACAGAUAGAUGAAUAAAGAACAAUUUCUUCUUAUAGUUAUAUGUUGCCCUUUAAACAAACAUUGUUAGUAGUGUUUUCUGUCAGAAAAAUUCCACUUUUCUUUAAAACCUCUGUAUGCCUAAUCAGAUUUGCAAAACAUUUUCUUAGAUCACCCUUUAUAAAAAAAACACAUUAUUAGCCAUUGAAAAGUGUCAGGAAAUUAGAGUGAAAGGAGAAAAAAGUGAAUUCAAAUCAGGGAGAAAUAAUGGGCUUCAAAAAUUAUGUCCCAAUUAAUAAAUUACAAGAAAAUGAUAUUUCAACAAACAGUAAACUAGUUCACUGACCUCAUUUCUCUACAAUUUGCUAUGCAAGUUGGUAUACUGACUUUGUUAUUUAAUAAAAGGGAGUCAUGUCCAUUGUUACUUAGUCCUUUCCUGAAUGAAGGAUGGGUGCAAAGAUUUUGGAUUGGCGGGCUAUUCGAUUUUGGCGCCAAUGGACAGAACCCUUGAAUCAAAAUGAAUGAUCCAGUCGACCACCUCUUGAAAUUCGCUUGAAUCUAGAAACAGGAUCUGGCGGAGGGACUUCUGGCGAAUGACAUCGAGCAACAGCGGACCAAAACUAAGCCGGCUCCAUCGGCGGCACCGAGAACCAUCUCAUACAAGCAGGAACGACAUCUAGUCAGACUGCUUAAAUUCCUCGCUAAAAAUUUUGACUGAAUCGGAGGAACCGAGCUGGAUAGCUUUCCAUUACAUAGGCUGGAAUUCAAAGCAAUGGUAACAAGUCUUUUCGGUAUCUAGCGAGGGAGAAAAAAACCCGGUGCAAUAAAAACGAGGAUCGUCACACAUGCACACCGCCAUCACUCGUGGCUCUUCACUCUCAGGAAUCUUCUGACAAAGUAUCGUUUGAGAGCGACUAGCUAACGAAAAAACAUCGGUCAACCGAGGGCAAACUGGGUUGGUGUAUAUGUGCCCCUUGCUUUAAAUUUGUCUUAUGAUGGGUGGGCCGGAAAAUAUCUUCUGACAAUCGUGUAGUCAAAACCUCAACCUCAUUUAAAAGAUUCAUCCUCCAAUCAACAACAACAACAAUCAUUAUUACUAAAUGAAUAAUUAGCGCAAGACAUAUAUAGUCGUCCUCCACAAAUUAGCAUGGUCGCUUGUUUAGGCGGACAGGAUAGAAAUUCAGUAAGUUCUUCAGUGGCUCCAGAUAAUUUCCACGAGAAAAGCGAGGACGUUUCCAAGCUUAUUUGCUUACGAUCUAUUUACAAACUGUAAAAGAAGAUUUUAAAAAUAUUGCAAGAACACGCAAUUUACACAACCUUAAUCAAUAUUUAUUAAGGAUACUUAAUAUACUGAACAACUCAUUUGUGGAUAUCUUCUUAUGAUGUCAAGAGCCAUAAUAGGACAGAGAGGGGGUCUAAGGGCGUUGGCCGGCAUAUCUUAGUUUCAAAAAAGUUAUUUUUAGAACUAUGCGGACCACGCGGAAACAGUUUCCGGUAAACUGGUUGACUUCCGAAGACUCGCUUUCACGAUUCAGCGCGCCAAAGCGAGGCGGCGUCAACAAAGAGAAAAAAUGAACAAAGAACCUGCCAUAGAAACUGCUGAAAACGUCCACACAAAAGGGUCCUUUACAAGCAACGGUAGAAAUCGGUUAAAGCGACCGCGUGACCAUCGUUUUUGUUUGAACAGCUGGAAAGAGGACAAGUAGCAUUGCGGCCCGGAUAAGCGUUGCACACAAAACGCGCGGGUCCUACAAAGACGACCGUACAAGCGACCGUGUGGACGUAUUUUCUAUUGACAGAGGAAGGAAAAGAACCCUGGGAAAAGAACGUAUAAAGGUUUCCAGUAUUUUUGUCAAGGACAUGACCGGGAAGGCGGGAAUCUUGUGGAACACACCUUUUCCUGCUUGACUGAUAUUUUGUUCCGCACUUCACAUUGGACAAUUAGCAAUUAUUCUUUAUUGAACACGAUGUUAAUAUAGAAGGGGAAUAUUCGCGGCGAGGUUAAUAUUCCUAAAUCAGUAAAGAAACCAAAAAGCUCAAUUUGAUUGACGGAUCAAAUCAUGCGUGGAAAUCGGUAAACAAUAGGUUUGAUCUUUACAGAAUUUUCAAACAUUGCAAAUGUUUUCCUUUUUGUUAGUUCAAUAACCACACAGCAGUUCAAUAAGUACACAACAGAUCAAUAACCACACCAGUAGUUCAAUGACCACACAUUAGUUCAUUGAGCGUAAACUACAGUUUACCGGAAACUGUUUCCGCAUGGUCCGCAUAGUUCUAAAAAUAACUUUUUUGAAAUUAAGAUAUCCCAAAGGCGCGACUGGGAGACCCCUCUCUGUCCUAUUAUGGCUCUUGAGGCACUUUACAAGAAGUGUCGUAACUAAUUUUAGACGCCGAUUUUAGGUUUUUUGAUAUCUUAAACAAAUGCCGCGCCACAUAGCUAAGCAAUAACGGUUUUCACAGCACUGAAUGACACCUUAUCUUUUUUAACUACUUAGCCGCACAAAGCGAAAGAAGAUCUACGUCAUCAGCACGCCGAAGCGCCCAGUCCCCCUGCAGCACUUCUUGUACACGGGCAACAGCAAUAAAACGAGUAAUGAGCUGUUCAUGAUCGUGGAUGCCAACAGCAGAUUCCUGACGCGCGGUUACGAAGCGGCUGUGGCGGCAAAAAAAGAGCGGGAAGGCAAAGGGAAGGACGCGUAUGGCUCAAAGUCUAAUCAAUAUACCAAUAUCAAAGAGGUUUGCUGCAACUUCACAUAAGGGUCUUUAAGAUCCAUAGACGCGACGGCAACGAAAACGUCGCUUUGAAAGUGAAUUUGCGUUCUUUCAGUCUUAAGCGAAAUUAUUCCUACCCAUCGAAUUUCAAGUGACCAUAUUCAAGUUCAGGAAGAGAAAUAAAUGUCCGUCAUUGCUUGUUUACGUUCUCCAUAAAACGCAAAAUGAGGCAUUUUCAUGUCGUAGCCUUGCAAAAACGUUUGUUUGUUAAAACUUUUAUUUUUUAGACGUUCUCGUUGCCGUCGCGUCGUUGGAUCUUAAAAGUCCCUAUUCUCUCUUUUGACAGAAGCAAGUUUUAGUUGUGGUAAUUAUGGUAAUGAAUGUUAUGCAAAGAGAAAGAAAACGAAAAACCAACUUUGCUUGAAGCACUUCAAACCAGUUCCAAAGAAAAAUUUGAAGUAAUAUAUCAAACAUGAGACGCAGUGUUUCAUCACCAGAUGAAACACCGAGAAGAGAGUUGAAAAUACGACGCGCGGCGGAGUAUUUUUGACGAACUUCGAGGUGUUUCAUCUGGUGAAAACAGUUCAGUUUUUCAUCCGAUAAAACAAAAACAUUAAUUUGAACGUUGGUUCUGAAUGUUGUGUAACAUUGCAUGGACGCAGUGCUCUGUCAAAAAUAUACACUACUAGUAUUUAUGGAGUCUCAAAUGGAGGCAAAAAGUUGGAAAAAUAAACAGUGAAGUAAACAAACCCGCAGAAAAUAAAGGGACUUGUUGGUUGCUCUCUCUGACUAAAAAUGAUUUUUCUUGGUAUAUGUUUACCUAGUUUCAAGCAGACUGCUAAUGGUCCGCUCUUGUUUUUCUUGAGCGCGCUUUACACACUGAUAACCAAGGACAAAUGAGUCACUGCUUAUAGUAAAGUUUAUGUUGCAACUGCAUUUUGGGCAAUUGUAAUUACGCCACAGUGUCCGUUACCGACCAGCCCUGUGUGGUGUAUAACACAUAGUUUUCUCCUUCAAAGGAUUUGGGGCAUAUUAACAUAUCUUUCUCCGUUUGUUCCAAGGAUCGUAAUAUUUGGCUGUCCUUGAUUGAAAUGUUGCGUAAGAAAGAGAAACUCCCCGUAGUUGCCUUCACGUUUUCAAGAAAGAGGUGCGAUGACAACGCUGAUCAGCUGAGCAGCUUGGACCUCACUACCUCUUCAGAGAAAAGUUUAAUCCAUGUAUUUAUUCAGAAAUCCGUGGCGAGACUGAAGGGCCCUGACCGAAAUCUUCCGCAAGUAAGUUUAUACAUGAAUUUCCUAUUUUAUGGCCCAAAUCUAAAACGAAACUUGAUGUACUUGAGCUCUGAAAAUGUUUAAUGUUGUUUGAGACUUAUCUAGCACACUGAAACACAAAACGGUUUAAGUCGGUAGAAAGUCAUGUUUUUACUAUGUAUUUAUAACUCGAUACAAAGAAAAACGGAAAAAAGGAGUGAAGAGUGAAGACCUGCUUUGGCUUUUAGCUCUUAGUUUCUUCAUAUAAAAUCUGAAUCAAUUGCAGCCUCAGUGUUCAGGCUAUUCUUGUGACCCUUACACGGUUUUUUUCAACUUUUGAUACGGACAAGUUACGGAAAAUCCGUCGACAUCAUUGGAAACAACGCCUGAAAAUGAGUAAAACAGCCAAGUUUGAAAGUGAUUUGUUGAAAACUAACCGAGAUAUGGCUCCUCAAAGUUGGUCCAUGUGAAAAGUUGAAAAAACCAUGAAAGGAUCUAUUGUUAAAAUAAAUAGCGUGCGGGUGACUAUUCAGUUAUUAUUACGCCAAUUAAGCCUCUCUUUGUGUUAUAUUUCAGGUUGCUAGGAUACAGGAACUACUAAAGCGCGGAAUCGGUGUUCACCACAGUGGGGUGUUGCCCAUCAUUAAAGAGGUAAGCUCCUCCAGCGUAAGCGCUCGAAAUUCAGUUACAGGUCCUAGUGCUUUCAUUUUUGUUUUGACUUGCAAACCAUCCUGCAAGGCACCGUUUUGGGUGGAAAGUGAAGGGGUAGGUGCAGAUGGGAAUGAUGAGGUAUAUGUGGUGGUUUUAAGGAGUAAAUGAAGUGAAUCCUCUUCGAGGAACGACGCAAACCAGCAUCCUACCCCUCGCCCGGACACUAUGCCGCCAGUGAUGAGGAUGAGAUUCGCCUCACCUCAUCUCCUUGUAACAAUAUUGAAUUUAUUUUAGCAUGAGUGAUCGUUUUUAGAAAACGUGAGACGUUUUAGCCCGGACUUGGAUUCUUAAUAGAGGUUGAAAUAAUCUCUGUUUUUCACAUUUUAUUUGAUAUCCUUUUUUUGCAGAUGGUAGAAAUGCUUUUUGGUCGAGGACUAGUGAAGGUGGGUUUCCAUUGCAGCAAAAUAUCAUUAUGAUAAAAACGAUUUAUUUUGGUGUUGACCCAACCGAGUCUUUUUUAGCAUAUUUUAUAUUAGCGUUUCUUUGAAAGGUAUAGUAAACGAAAGUGCCAAUUAGCAGCCUGUUUGGUAUUUGGUGAGAAAGAAACCCCUCCGUUGCUGAUCACCACGGUAUACCGGCUUUUUACCUCUCUGUCUUUUACUGGUCCACCGCAAACCUAGCCCCCCCCCCCGGGGGGGGGAACGUUGUAGACGCGUUAAAAAACCAUCUCCUAAAAAACCAUCGUUUUUACGUAGCCACCCGAGGUCCUCGAAGGUCGAGCCGUUUGCAGAGAAGGGACAGUAUCCAGGGAUGGAACGCGCGACAUAUCGCUCAUCAGGAACGCCAACAAUGUACCUGCUGAUUUUACUCUGCGACGGUUGAAAUGUUAAAAUAAAUAAAACAUGUGUUUCUGUUUGCAGAUACUCUUCGCCACGGAAACGUUCGCCAUGGGGGUUAACAUGCCAGCAAGGACGGUGGUAUUUGAUUCAAUAAGAAAACACGAUGGAAGUAGCUUUAGAGAUUUGUUACCUGGCGAGUAUAUUCAGAUGGCAGGUCGCGCAGGACGGAGAGGACUGGAUCCCACGGGAACUGUGAUUCUACUGUGCAAAGGAAGCGUUCCUCUUAUGGCUGACCUUCAUAAGAUGAUGUUGGUAGGCUAACGUUUGGACCAAAUUUGUAACACAUUUUCAGUCUUUCAGCUCUCAAAAAUUAUACCAGUCUUCAUUUAUCUGACAACGUUUUAAGUGGUACCCUGGGUGCCAGAGACUUUUCUAGCGCGGUUUCCGGUUUCUGUGAAGUCUUUUUUUUUCCCGCCGCACGCGAGAAAAACCUCUGGUACCCAGGGUAUUUAAGUGGCCAGUAGACCUUGUACAGGACGUUUUCACAUGACGUCAUACCCCCCUUGUUGGUGUCUCUGAUCAAUUAAACGGCGGCCAUGUUGGUGUCCCAAACCAGUCCUGUGGGAGUUGAAGCUUGUUCCUACGUAAAACCAGGAGUGACCAACAGCAAUUUUCUCCUAACUACAUCAUUACAUCAUCAAGAGAAAAGAUUAUGAGAAUUAAUACUUGUGAUCAUCAAAGGCAAAAUGCUUUGAUCUUCUAUCAAAGCAAGAAAAUGUGUUGAUAUCAGUCUGGAGAAUUUGUACAUGGAUAUUGUGGAUUUUAGCGUUAAGGGGAAAACAGCUGAUGAAAGCUGCCUUUACAAGCAGCCGCGAUAGUUUUUUCCACUUGGAGAAAGCGCCAUGUUCGUAGCGUAUGUUACCUUCACAAACACUUUGUAAUAACAUUCCUGCCAGUGGCUCGGAUUUUCAAGUCGAGAAAGGAGGGUUUUUUAGCCAGCAUUUAGCUUAUAGAAAUUACUGAAAUUAUUUGCGGUAGUACUGAGGAUGCUGGAAGAUUUGUACUAGAACGAUAAGUAGGUUCAGUCUCGAUUAUUUUUAACGUUGAUAGUUGCUUGUGGACUGAUAAAAAUUUAAAGUUCUCCCUUUAAUUUUGACAUAUCUUCCCCCUAACGCUAUUAUCAAUCUCUCUGUUAUGUCUUUGAACAGGGUAAACCAACUCAGUUGAUCUCCAGAUUCCGUCUCACCUACUCUAUGAUACUGAAUCUACUGCGAGUGGAAGAGCUAAGAGUGGAAGACAUGAUGAAGAGAAGCUUCGCUGAGUUUCACAUGCAGAAAGACGCACUGCAAAGAAAACGCGAGGUGGAAGAACUGGAGAGAAAGCUACAAAAUAUAAAAGAAUUAGACUGUGCAUUUUGUUCUGAAGACUUAAAGGGUUACUUCAAAGCUUGUAGGGAACUGUCCGAGUUAACAAAAGAAGUUCAGGUAAUGGCACUGUAGCAACGGUUAGUGCUAUAUUGUACUGAAUACUACGCGCGCUGUGACUGGUCUUUACGUUUUAUCUAUAAGAUUAUAGACCCGUCAUUGGACGAAAAAAUAGAUUUGCACAAAUUUGCCCUCGGCAAAUGUGCCGCGAAAUUGUGAAAACUGAGGAGUAAAUCUGGGGCAAAGAUGGUGAAUGCUACAUUUGCCUGAGCCUUAUUUUCUAACCCCGUGUGUUUUGGUAUUCAAAGGUGGUAUGUACCAUCUUUGCCCCACGAUUUACUCCUCAGUUUUUACUUUUUGUGCGACAUAUUUGCAAUGACCAAAUUUGUACCAAUCCUUCUGUGAUCGUCUAGUGUUAGUUUGUAAACACCUGACAAGUCGGCCGUGUUUUGUAGUCAAAGCAAUACAAUUUUUGAAGAAUUUCUGUGAAGAGGAAUUCGAAUUCCAAGCAGAGGGAAACACUUUUGCUCUUCUCAACCAACAGGAACGCCUUGUCGUCAACGGUAUACGGUUUACGUCGUGGAGCAAUAGGCCAGUUUCGAAUAAUUUAUUAUUAAUUCAUACUUAGCAUCGAGGCUGAGGGGAAUAAAACAAUAGGUGUUGCAUUGAGAUUCAGAUCCAGAUUCACCAAUGGUCAUAAGUACUGCGCAGGCCCUAAAAUGGCCAACAUAAAAAGGAGGCUGUUUGUAGAAAUCCUUUUGAAAUACCUUUUAAAAGUGUUUUCGUAAAUACACGACGAGAUGGAAUCUGUUUGUUAAUUUUGCAACGAUUCUUUACUUUAUAUAGAAAGGAAAGUAUAGUAGGGCAUAGGAUGUGCAGUAGCUGAAUAAUUGUUAAUUAUAAGAAAACGAGGUUUAAGCUCGAGAGAUAACAAACUGUAUGGAAGAUUUGUGGAGAUUCGUCAUUCCUGUUAAUAAGCAACAUUACUUCUGCAGGCAGCGAUUCUGUCGUCAUCACAUGGUCAGCGGGCACUCUCUCCUGGGCGUGUUAUCACUAUAAACACCGCUGUACAUAAGAACGCACUAGCUGUGAUAUUGCAGGCGCAAAAUGUCUCGACCCAAGGCUACUCAACCAUGCAGUCUCAACCAGUGUCCAGUCCUAAAGAAAGAAAGUUCCAAGUUCUGGUAAUAUGCGAUGCAGCAGAAAAUAAACCAGGUUUUAAAUUUAUUGUUGUAUAACUAGUAUUAAGGCGCCCAUAUGUAAAGGAAAUCUACGUUCCAAUAGAGGUUCAUCUGAUUUCUUUAUGAGGAGAAAUGUGACGUCACGUUACCAUGGUAGCAAAAAUUCUGGAUCUGAACAACCUUUCUUAAUAGAGACGGCCAUUCGCAUUGACGAACGAUGGAAGCCAAAUUACGGGUUACCGUUUUGGUCCUGAGUGUAGUCAUGCAGUGGAAAGUCUUACAUGCCAAUUUUUUUUUCUGCCAUAUUUGCAGAACCACGGUUUGUUGAGAUCCAGAAAUUUUGCUACCAUGGCAACGUGACGUAACGACUUCUCCUCUCUAUUGAUGUGGUUUUAAGAAGGCUGUGUUAUCAUGGGGCGCUUUCCAUUCAAAAAAAAUUUCGGUAUGAAAUUUCGGAAAUUCCACGUUAUCAGUGGAACGGUUGCACAGACCCAAACCGGACCUGCGCGUUUCAGUUGUCUACUUGUAAGCAGGAUACAGAAGAGAGGUACUAGGGACAACAGUUUUGUCUAAUGGAAAGGGGCAUUUCGGCCCGACCGUUAGAAACCGACAAAGUGGACCACUUUCAAAGGUGGUCCCAAAUAUUCCGGUUGGACCAAACCGAAAUGGACCGAAAUGGAGGAUGUAGGAAUAAUCUUAUUUCUUUUCUCUAAAACCUGGAGGGUUCGCCUACAUUUGACAAAGUUAGUGACCUGGAGUAAUCGCGAUGAAGAUUGAAAGAACGCGAAUUCACUUUUUCAGCGACGUGGCGCUGCCGUCGCCGUCCUCGGAUCUUAAGGUCCCUACUAACGGCGGUCAGACGGUGGCAAAUUACAACCAUAGGGCUUGUAUAGUAUUUACGAAAAAAAAAUUGUGCGUAUAUCAUUUACAAACUCUUAGUUAUUGACAUUGGUAACAUACCGCAAACUGCCGCUUACAAGCUUGACCCAUCUACAUGUAAACAAAAAAUACUCCCAAUCAUAAGUCCCCCAGGAUGUAAGCGCCCCCCCCCCGCCUCCCUCUCUAGCUUGUAUUUAAAUGAAUUCGAUUUAUUAUGAAGUUUUGAAGCUUAAGUAAAACAGUAAAUGCAAAACUUAGUUUGAUCAGCACUGCCGAUGGCUUGUUCCGAAGCGCUUUUUCAACGUCGGUUAUAAACCCCCUCGGAUAUAACCCUCUCCGAUUAUAAACCCUUAUAAACCCCCUUACGAAGAUGUAUAAGCCAAAGGCUUUCAAGCGGCAAAUAACCGUACAUUGUGUGGAAUGUUUCUUGGAAAAAGCAUAAUUCAUAUUGCAACUUUCAUUAACAGUUAACAACGACAUGAAAGCAAAUUCCAAAGUACCUGAUGCAGUUGAAGGGGACGUUGAUCAAGACGUGCAGCCGUUCAUUAAAAGAAGGUUAUUUUUACCCGAGGGUCGAUGUUCUCAUAGCGUUAUACAAGUGAAUGGGAAUGAAAUUAGUUCUAUUUCGGUUCGUCAAAUGAAAGUGGAUACCAACAAGAUCAUUGAUGAUCACAAAAAGAGAAUGCUGCCAAGAUUUAGGUAACAGAAAUCUUUAUCAUAAACUAAUAAUCAUGGUUAAUAUUUUUGUACGAGGGUGUAUCAAGGUAGGAUGCUGCAGGGCGUUACUUGAGUACUUCUUACAUAAACGUAUAUAAAAUCGUUUUUUACAUUCCCUGAUAUACCUUAUGACAUGAAAUUUUGGCGACUCUUUACUUAAGCGAAUUUGAAAAAUCGCUAAAUAAAAAUGAAGCAAAAUUAAGUGUCGCUAUAUUUAAAUCUUUUGUUUCGUUCACAAUUAAGUUUCAGAACGUUGUAUGGUUUUGAUUUGAAUGAAGCUAUUGACGUUUAUGAUUAUUUUUCUCACAUAAAUGUUCUCUUUUCAUGUAAAAAUUUUGAAUACCUUACUUUGCCAAAGUUUCAGUUCGUGAAAUCGCGAAAAUUAAACAACUUUUGUACCAAAAUUAACGAAAAAUCGCUAAAUUAACGUGCCGCCAAAAUUUCAUGUAAUGAGGUAUUAAAUUGUUUUUUACAUUUGUAAUCCUUUUUCUUUUUUUUAUCAAAUUAUUAUUAUCGUCAUGCGUUUAUACAUGAGCUUUUAGCUCGGACUAAUUGAUUGAUUGAUUGAUUGAGAGUGCCCGCACCACCAUAAAAGUGAUCUUCUUUAUAAAGUGUUGGUGGGACGCUUUGAUGCGUUUGAAUAUAAGUUCAUAGAACACCUGCCACGCCUAAUUUUCAAGGGAAGCCAAUUAAUUAGAGCGCUGCACCGUUAUCGCAGAGGCCGGGUUCGAAUUCCGUCCAGCCUGAUUUUUGUCAGGCUUUCUUUUCGCAACUGCAUAAGUUGCUUCUUUAACUGCGAUGAUCUUCUUUGUAUUUAUUUCUCUUAUAAACUACUUUUAUAAAGGGAUGAUCCACCCGGAAGGACCACGUUGAGCGCUGAACAAGAACUACUCAGACUGUCCGAGGCUAAUCCUGAGGGCCUGGGUACUAUGGAUCCUAUCAAAGAUUUUAACAUCCGGGACAUUGAUAUGGUGACGACGAUAGCGCGUAAACAGAGUCUUGAGGAACAAAUAAUAAAUUACAAGUGCUUGAAUUGUCCUACGUUUACUGAGCACGUAAGUGAGUUGCUGCUUUUCAAGCAGAUCUAAAGUUGACCUUGUCUUUUGAUUUGUUCUUCUACAAAAUUGCAGCUAACGCAACAGCUGCCACUUUGGUUUACAACAACAAAACGUUUCUAUUCUGAGGAAAAAAAUUGUAGGUUUUUUCAACCAACAUAGCCGAACUGUUUUUGUUUCAGUAAACCUUGUUUAAUCAGAAAGGAAAAACGAAAUGAAUCGUGGUACUUGUAGUAAAAGAAUGCCGUUGUGAAAGGGCGUAUUAUAGUCACUUGGUCGAUUGUUCGUGUGUUUAUGAAGAGUUUAAAAAAAUUUGAAACCACAGAAGCCGUGGAAAAAUUUAAAACUAAAAGGAAAGUUUCUGCUACAGAUCGCAAUACUUAUUCGUGGUAAAUGUUUAUACCUGAACAUCAUUUUGAUGACUCUGUUUGUGACGGAUGCUUUGUUUCUUCUUGUAGUUUAAAUCUGUGGCGAAUCAGGUGAAACUGCUUGAAUACGUGACUACACUGAGAUAUUUGUUGUCAGAUGAAAGUCUUCAACACAGAGAAGAGCUGCAGCAAAGAAUUCAGGUAGAUUGAGGUUAUGGCAAGAAGAAGUGCUCUACAAUAGAUUUCUUCAAUUCCGUAAUCCCGAUCUAAAAUGUCGUGCAGUGGUUAUUUUUGGUAUCCAUCUCGCGCGCAUACUUUCAAUACCGAAUCUCGCCCCGAUUUUGCUUUAAAAUAUCAAAUCCCGAGCUGCAAAUAAAGGAAAUCCUGGAUCCCGAAAAAACUAUUGUGCGCCGCUGUAUUGGAUAAUUACAAGAUCGUGAGGGACUGAGGCCUCGUUCUAUCCGUCUGCUUUGGACAUGCGAUGAACUAAACUAGUAAAUUAAAAAUUUGUAUAAUAAUGUGCAUUUAGCCUCGUUCGGGAGAAAAUUUAUUAAAAUUCCUUUUUGUUCUGAUUCAGUUGGUUGGUUCGACACGUCCUUAUUUCGACGUCUGACCCAACAGACGAUCUUAACUUAAUUUAGGUCGACCCAAAUUUGCUUGGUUCGUCUUACGAAAAAAAUUCGACGUUUGGCCCAGGCCUUACAGGGCCAAAGAUGCGAAUGAACUUGAACGAGAUCUCGAACUUAAUUAUGUUGACGAUUUAUAAUCGCCUUUAGACUAGGGAGUUACUAGUUGUUGACACUUUUGUUGUUCGAUACCUAAAAGGUAUUUGGUGGCAGCUGCUUAGUGUAAAAGUUUUAAAAUUAAUCCUCAAGAAAAAAUACAGCACUAACCUGCCACUGGACAACUGAUAAGUAGAAGUGAUUAAACACCAGUAGUCGUAGAAGUUUUCGAUGUACAAACUAAAUUAAAGGUACCGAUAAAUUUGGCUUAGCUCUAUUUAGGGCUAAUAACAAAAAGUUAAUAAGCCCCCCUCUCUAUUAAUUUUCCUUAUUCUUCAUUAACGUUAACGACAACAAAAAAUUACCGAAGAACAUGGCUAGCCUAUCCACAAGCCCUAAAUACCCUGGCAAUGCGUAAGUCUAGUCCAUUCUCGUUUCGCUAAAAAAUAAGCCCCCUCUCUUUUAAGGUGCUAAAAAAUAACCCCAGAAGGGCUUAAUAGAGGAUGGUAGCAUUUAGGGCUCAAAUUGUAAAUAGUUUACGACAACAAAUAGCUAGAUCGUUUUUUCCGUUCUCGAAAAACCUAGGGUAAAAUAACUCUCUCUCCCGGACGUUUUUUUUCUUCCUCUCUCUCGGCUGGUCAUCUAGGGUAGGGCCUAAAUCAUUUUGUUACAAUGUUAACAGGGUUAAUAUUCUGAGACCUGACUAAAACGAAAAAAAAAAAUUGUCGCUCACCGAACUUCCUUCUCUUUUCCAGGUGCUUCAAAGACUGCGCUACGUUGACGCUAAUAACGCGGUACAGCUUAAAGGAAGAGUGGCUUGUGAGAUUAGUAACCAUGAACUAAUCAUUACAGAACUAGUGUUUGAAAAUGUCUUCACCGAUCUCCAUCCUACAGAGAUUGUUGCUUUACUCUCUUGUUUCGUGUUUCAGCAGGUACUACUCAUGUCAGUCUUGGCCAGAAUAAAUGGAAAAGCAAACCUCGCCCCCCCCACCCCCAUUUUUCGUGAAUUUUGUUUAAGACUGCUUUCAUGUUUGGUGGUUUAUGGGACUUGUUAACACCUAGGUUUUGUAAAGGUGGUAUUUUGUGUCGUGAGCAAAAAAGGGAAUCAUGGGACAUCUCUUCACUAUUCUCUCUUGGUCUCGUAGCAAAGCUUGCUUGGUUCAAGCGUGUUUCUAGUGUUAAUUAAUGCAUCGAUAAAAUAGAUUUGGUUUUCCUAAAUGGUUGAUACUAAACCAUUCAUGAAAUAAACUCGUACGAGCAGCAGUCUUACCAGUCACCAAAUGUUUCAGCCUGAAUGUGGAGCCAAAUUAAACGUCUGUCAAGCAAAAACUUAGCCAAAUCACGGAGACCAAGACGUUUCUGGCCGCCAUCAUCCACGCACGAUUGGUAUGGAAAGCCAGUGGCUGGAAUCCGGAAGGACUUAUUGGUUUAAUUUUUCUCAAGAGUUGGAUUUCAGAUUCGUACGAUACGCUUAUGGCUACAGUCACGUUUGCGACCUACCAGUUUCUUAGCUAUCUUCGAAGUAUACUUUUAAGCCUAUGAUCAGACUAUACCGGAUGCCGACACGAAAAGCUAUUCGGUUAUGUAUGAACACCUAUCCGAUAUGUGACUACCUCCACUUUAGAGAUCGGCGCAGGGCAGCUUCGCUCAGUUAUAGAAAUCGCGCCGAAAUCACCUUUCUUAUGUGUGAACAUAAGCCCUAUCCAGUAUAGUUUUUGGUGCCGGCACAAAAGCUCCCCGGAAUAGUGGAACAUAGCUUAAGAGUCAAGAGCUUGCUCCGCUGAAACUACGGUUCUGUUUUUUUUUUCAGCGCCGAUGCAGUGAACCAAACUUGACGAAAACACUCGAGGAGGUAUUGUGUAAUUACAUAGAAUUACAGACGAACGAAUUUGUGCGAUUUUUAUUCUUCUGAUGGAAUUCGGGUAAACUUGUAUGUACUGUUAAGGAUGAGAGAAGGAAUUGGUAAUUUAAAUUGUUUCUUUAUUCUUAAGAUAAUUUGUGCGACAGAUAGAUAUCAAAAGUUCUUUUAAUAGUUGUCUGAACCCUCUGUGUAUUGAAAAGUUCAAAACAGGGCCCAUGCAGCUGCUAAGAAGCUGGACAGCACUCUGGUGUCCGUUUCUUGAAAAUCCUGUAGUCCACUGCCAUUUCUUUUAUUAAUAGGGACCUUAAGAUCCAAGGACGGUGGCGGCGGCCGCGAAAACGUCACGUGAAAAGGGAAUUCGUGUUCCUUCAAUCUUGAUUGCCAUUAUAUGAUCCCACGGUAUUUACCCUGUCAAAUGUAGGCGAACUCUCUUGGAGCUGAAUUCCUAAGAACCAUAUUCAAGUUAAGAAAGGGAAACAAAAUUUCGUCGUUUACUUGAUUAUAUUCUCUAUAAAACGUGACAUUAGGGAUUUUCACAUCGUAGUGGAACAAUAACGGCAAAGAAAAAGAAGUGUAUUGCACAUGUACGUUGUUGUUUUGAUUAUUAAACCCAUUGCUUUUUUUGACACACUAUGAGCUCUCCAUUUGAAUUCCGAUUCUAGGUUUAUUUUCGUUUGUACUGUUAAGACGGAAUCCGCCAGGAAAUUGUGUAAUGAGUAAUUUUAAUUUUGAGUGGACAAAAACCUUGUACUAGAAUAAUGUAAAGCAUGUUGCAUUCUUUUUUACAUUUUUCAAGGACUAAAGAUGUAAUUCGUCAUCUGUAGUAACACCAAAGAAAAUUUCUUACGGGAGCCCGAGAAACUGAAUGUCAAAUUUCACAAGAAUUGUGAAAACACAGGUAAAAUUUCAUGUGCACGAUGUAAUUUUAUGAAAUUUGACAUUCAUUUUCUCGGGCACUCAUAAGAAAUUUUCUUUGCUGUUAUUACAGAUUACUAAUUACAUCUGUAGCCCUUGAAAAAUGUAAAAGAGAAGGCAAUAUUCUUUAAAUUAUUCUGGUACAAGGUUUUUUUCCACUGAAAAUUAAAAUUACUCAAUUUCCUGGUGGAUUCCGUCUUAAUAUUUUAGGUUUGGUAAUAUUAUGUUAAUUUCAAGAUUGUAGGUGGAUUUAUCGGCGACCUUUUUUCCUUGUCAUUUGGUUAAUGUUAAUAAAUUUUUGUCAUUACUUUUGAUCAUUGCAACGUGCAUUGUGAGAUAAACGUUAUUAUAUCUUUAUUUAUUAUUAGUUAUUUAUAAUUUAUUUACUGAGUUUUUCUUUUUAGGGUAAGCAGUGUAUAUUGGAUAUGGCGGAACGUAUUGCUCACCUGCAGUCUGAAUGCGGUCUCAGUACAUCAGUAGAGGAGUUUAAAGAGCAGUACCACUUCGGUCUGGUCGAGGCUGUGUUUGAGUGGGCGCGAGGAAUGCCUUUCUCGGAAAUAACUAAUUUGACUGAUGUUCAGGAAGGUGCGUUAGUGAAACUUUUUUCGCCCAAGGAUGUAGCUAAGGGGCUUUACGGUGCCGUUAAGCCCCCCUACCCCCCCACCCUACCCUACCCUCCAUCCCCCUCCCCCUUCCUUUUGUCAUCGGGGUUCAUAGAGAUAAUCGCGGUGGCAGCUCUAUAUUACUGGACAUUCCGUUUCCAUAUUUUGAAGAGCUAACGGGAGUUUUUGAGCUCGCUCCAGUAUUCCAGUAGGACGCCGGAGUUAGAGCUCCCUUCCUUCACAUCCCCUUUGAAGUGAUCAAUCCUGCCUACGCCCCUGUUGACGCGAAGAAACCGCCACAGUUAGUUACCAUCUUUAGAAGUGGUACGAAAAGUUUUGAAUAAACAACAAAAAACAAAUCAAAUGGGUUGCAGCACUUUAAAGGAACAGUAUCCCGUUACUGCGCAUGUACCAAACUUUGAUUUUUGGACAGGAUGUCGCGAAAUCAAAACCUUGAAAAAUGUUUGCGCGGAGUUCGAUAAGAGAACCAACAAUAGAGAUUUGGGCGAAAUCUUUUUUGUUACUUAAUUGAGAAAAAAGAAACCAUUGAGACAUGGAUGUGAUAAUGAAAGGAGAUCUUGAGACUGGAAUUACAUAGAUGUGACUGAGGAGAUCUUGUGAAGCAGAAUGUUUUGCAACAGUUUUGUUUUGCGUUAGUAAACUUUUAAAGGGACCUUCCUACGGCCGACAAAAUCAAACAAACAGGCGCUACAUGUUUACAAAAACCUAGUGCAAUGAAAUCAUAAUUUAAUUUUUGACUAACCUUUGCGAUAAUUCAUCGCGUUGCGAUUACGUUUUUAUAUAUAUCCUUCAAACGUUUUAGACUAGAACGCGAGCAAAUCAUUCAAAUAUUACUGGACUUGGAACAAUUGACCUCUGACACGAGUUUCACAUUAGAAAAGCUGUUUUUAAAGCGAGCGAAAGGAGAUUUUUGAGUCGCGAGGCGGCCCUGCUAGCGACAAAAUCGCGAUGAGUCUUCGUGCCGUGAGCCAAAUUUCAAAUAAGACGAAAAACUUCUUCGAAAGUCUAAAAUAUUGCUUGAGAUUGUAAACAACAAAUCUCCGUCGGCGGUGCGGUCCGAAAGGAAAUCUUGUCGAGUCAAUAUGACAGUUCUAUUGUCUUUUAAAGAAAAUACAUAUGACGCUCGCGCGUGCGCACAGUCGGGACACUGUCCCUUUAAUAUAAUUCCUGGCCUAUAGGUACAACUCGUUUAGAACACGAGUCAACAGUCAGCCGAUUAAAAGUAUGGAGGUCUGCAGCUAUUUUUAAAUCUCUUUUUCAGGGAUUAUUGUUCGAUGUAUUCAGCGAUUGGACGAGACGUGUCGUGACGUCAGAAACGCCGCUCGUAUCAUUGGGGAUCCAAAACUUGGCGAAAAGAUGGAGGAAGCAUCGGCCAUGAUAAAAAGAGACAUUGUUUUCGCAGCAAGUCUGUACACACAGUGAAAUUAUCAAAUUUACGACUCAAUUAAUGAGCUGCUUUUACAGAAAUUCAAUCUAAAAGGUGAUGUUACACGCAACCACGAUUUUUAGCGCAACACCGCUUUGCAACAUUGUUGCUACAUUGUUUCGAAUAAUUACAACAUUGUUCCAACACUGGAACGCUGUGUUCCGGCGGAGUAAAAAUCGUCGUUGCGAAUCGUUCCGUGUAACAUCACCUUAAAAUUCAUAUACGCCCAUCAUACAUUUUAAAAUUGAGCGGGAAGCUGGGUCGGUGUUUUGUCGAAUUGCCCUGUGGGAGUGUUUUGGGGAACAAAUUUUGCCCCAGUUUCCUGCGCAGCCUUGUAACAGCCAAUAAAAAGAAAGCGAUAGCGUAUCCAAAACAAUCCUAUAAUGCAAUCGACACAAUACCCGCCAUUUUCACGUCCUGCAAGUCCCAUGACCAUUAAGAAGAGGGUUUUCAUGGCAAUCAUAGAAGGA